AGAGGAAACGGAAAUAAACAGAAAAAUACAGCAGUUUCUCACCGUUUCAAGUCGGGCGAGGAGGAAGAGCUCAACCUCAUCAACAAUUAAAGACAAUUAGAGAGGACUCUAGGGUCUUGAAAACGAGAGCGCGAGUGUUGGCCCUCACAGCUGUUUUCAAGAGUUUCUCGCCGUGAUCUUUAUGUGAGGACCGCGACGGGAGGAGAGACGCGGGGCUGUCAGACACGCACAGAGAGAGAGAGAGAGAGAGAGGAAGGGAUAUAAACUGCAUCAGGAGGCAUCUUCCACUGCUUUCUACCUUACCACACAGGUGUCCAUCCGGCUGUAUCAUGGAGGCCAUUGCCAAGUAUGAUUUCAAAGCCACUGCAGAUGAUGAGCUGAGUUUUAAACGUGGGGAUAUAUUAAAGGUAUUAAACGAAGAGUGCGAUCAGAACUGGUAUAAAGCAGAAUUAAACGGCAAAGACGGUUUCAUUCCUAAAAACUACAUCGAGAUGAAGGCGCAUCCGUGGUUCUUCGGGAGAAUCCCCAGGGCCAGAGCGGAGGAGAUCCUAAACAAACAGAGGCACGAUGGAGCCUUCCUCAUUAGAGAGAGCGAGAGCGCACCUGGAGACUUCUCGCUGUCCGUCAAGUUUGGCAAUGAUGUACAGCACUUUAAAGUGCUGCGUGACGGUGCUGGAAAGUACUUCCUGUGGGUCGUGAAGUUUAACUCUCUCAACGAGCUGGUGGACUAUCACCGCACCACUUCCGUUUCCCGAAAUCAACAGAUCUUUCUACGAGACAUCGAGCAGGUGCCUCAGCAUCCAACAUACGUGCAGGCCCUGUUCGACUUCGACCCUCAGGAGGACGGCGAGCUUGGCUUCAGACGCGGAGACUUCAUUCAGGUCCUGGACAACUCUGACCCCAACUGGUGGAAGGGCGCCUGUCACAGCCAGACGGGCAUGUUCCCACGCAACUACGUCACGCCUGUCAGUCGGAACAUGUAAAGGAAAAAAACCAAGCGAUUAGUCAAUAAAUUGUAAUUAACGGCCCCUCACAUUCACAUGCAAUCAGACUACCCUACAUCUCCCCGUCAACACCCGUAAAGUCCUGUGAAAUUGAAAGCAGCACAGAGGAAUGGAAAUUGUGACUGAAAACAAGGAGAGAAAAAGAAAAGAAAAAAAAAACGUAGUGGAGGGGCUGGAUGUUUCCUCCUCUGCCGUGGUGCCCGGGCGAAUCUGUUAUUCCUGAGAACCGUGACGUCUUCAUGAACGCUUGCAGUCCAGACUGAGCUGUAAGGGCGAAGGAAAGGCUGAAUCCUAGCAUAGUAAAACACACACAAAUUAAAGCAACUAUGAUUCUGUCUGUAGAUUCAUCCUGCUGCUUCUGGCUUCUUUUCUAGUCUGCCAAUAGAAUUUUGUUUUUGUUUUUUUGUUGUUGUUUUUUUGUUUAGGCUGCAUGUUUAAAUCUCUUUAUAAUAGUAAAUCCUGAAGCUGUUUUUAAAAAGGAAAAAAUAUAUAUAUGAAAAUGUAAGCGUAAGAACUUGCAAAUGCAUUGUACAUCCGGGCUGUGGAAAAAAAAAAAUCACUUGGAGAGAGAAUCCAUUUUUUAAGAAUAUAUAUAUUAUAUAUUUGUAUGUGUCUUGUCUGUUUUACCUUUUCAACACAUUUUUUUCUUUCUUCUUCCAAUUGUAAAUUAUGUUAAUUUUUUGGAGAGGGCAGGUGAAACUGAGUAGCUCGGAGAUGUGCUAAUUUAAUGAGCGUCUCAGAUGUACCACCGUAUUAUUUUACGCAUCAUGUAUUCCAUUUGACAUCAUUCUUACUUGUUUUAGAACCAGUAGCGGAGCAGCUCCAUGGCGAUCGCGAUUCAUCGAUCGUGCACGAGUUGAUCUAAUGUGAAAAACCAGACGGCUAGCCACCAUUUUAAGCCAAUGUAUUUAUUGCAGCCACUUUUUAUUUGUCUUGGGAUGUGAAUGUAGCCGUCAUCACUCGCCUCACGAGGGACGUCAGAUUGGAGAGCUGAACCACAGUUGCAUGAUUUCAGAGAUGCAUCUCUUCACGUAACUUUCAAAUCAUGAGAUUUGGUGUUGAAAAAAAAAAAAACCUGGUGGAUGCCAGCUAAGCCAGUAAGAAGUUAGAAACCAGAGAGUUUAGUUAUAUUUGAGUUGUCACAUGGACUAAUGUGAUGUGUUCUGUCUGUGUUUUUUUUUUUUUUUUCUCUUACCUCUUUUGUCUUUUCAGUGUUGUGUAUUAGCUCUUAUGUAUUUUGUUUUCUCCAUGUGUAUUAUUGACCCCCUCCUUCUCCUCUAUUUUUGGUUCUCUCUGGAUUAGUGCCUUUUUCUCUGGUGUGUGACGUUGUCUCGGGCUCGCUGCUUUAGCCUGAGCAUUGGGCUUGGGUCAGACCCGCAGUGAGGAAUCAUGUCCUCUUUCUCCUCCACAACACACCUGCACACACUCGCUCCUAUUUAAAGCUCUCGCCUUUUUCUUAACCUUGUUUUUUUUUUGUUUUUGUUUUUUUGGCCUUCUUCCUUGUUUCUUUUGAAUAAAUAAAAAGAAAACCAUAUAUAUAAAAAUAAA